AUGCAUGACAACAUGUCUGACCUGUGGACAUUCUCCUCGUCCUCUCCUCCUCUCAUCAUCAAUCACUCCGCUCUGUCCCAGUCACCUCCUUUCAUCUCCUCGCCUCCUCCCCUCUCCUCCCCCUCAUCAUUCAGGAACCAUGGAAACCCUCCUCAUGCUAAGGUAACCUCCCCUCACCUCCCUCAGCCCCAGGUAACCUCCUCUUACCUCUCCCAUGCCCAGGUAACAUCCCCUCAUCACCUCCCCCAGCCCCAGGUAACAUCCCCUCACUUCCCUCAGCCUCAAACAACCUCCCCUCACUUCCCUCUCCCCCAGACAACUUCCCCUCACCUCCCUUCUACACAGGUAAAAUCCCCUCACUUUGUACCUGAGCCCCAGGUGUCCUCCCCUCACCUCCUUCCUCAGGCCCAGAUAACCUCCCCUCACCAUGCCCCCCAUUCCCAGGUAACCCCCUAUAUCGCCCAGUCCCAGGCAAACCUUUCUUACCCCCUUCAUCAGACCCAUGUAACGACCUCUCACCACCUCCCUCAUUCCCAGAUAACAUCCCCUUACGCCCUUGUCCCGUCCCAGCAGCACCUCUCCAGACUCACUCCAGGUUUAAAUAACCCACAGUGGAACAAAUCUGAACACCCCUCAGAACCUUCCUGCCUACUCAACAGCCACAGUUACUCUUACCAGAACCAGGCCACAGCACACCUAGAUCUCCAGAACCAGAACCAGUUCGGCACUGGUGUGACUCAGAGUGGGGAUGAAUUGGAGAACAUGCCUUUUAAUACUCACCCACUCCAUGUCAGUGGCAUGUAUGGACACGGUGACACACUUGUUACAGGUCAGGACACCUGGGGGCCUCUGGAGCCAACUCUGGCCCAGAUGCAGUGCACUCCACUGGGUUCCUUGUCUGGAGGAAUUGCCCUGGGGAGGUGGAGCUCCAUGGAGUUCAGCUCAUCAUCUACAGAAGAUUUCUCCAAUGCCCAGUCUUUCCCUCACACGUACCAUGACGGUAAUGCCACACAGGCCUUUUGUAGUCCUUCUACCCCUGGUCCAAGUCCUCAUUACCCACAAACCCCAACCAUCUCCAGCCCUGGUCCUCAAAUGCACCCCAGGAAUGAGAGAUUGGGUUUUCACACACAAACGUCGACACAGCUGAACAGAGAUCAACCUCUCAGCUCCUGUCUCCAUGAGUCUGACAGCUACACUCUGAGCUCUGAACCCAGUCAAUGCCGCCCACAUCAGACAGGCCAACACCUCCUCCCGAGUCAAACCGAGCCAAUCCAGGACCAGACUGGCCUCUUCAACGCCGCCAGCAGCUUACAGACCAAUUACUCGCCACAGGGACGAGGACAAAACGUCAGCGGUGCUGUCCAGUCUCCAAGCCUCACCACUGGACUGAUCUGGACAGAGGAGUGUGGACAGGGAGGAAGAAAUACAGGGAAAGGAGGGGGGGGAAGAGGAGGAGGGGGAAGAAGAGGAGGAAGAGGAGGCGGUCAACCAGACUGGACCUGGAUGAAAAGGCCACAAACUGAAAACAGCUCUAAGGUUGUAGACUGCAGGCUGCUGUGUACAGUGUGCAUGCGUGAUUUCAGGAGUCUGCCGGCGUUGAACGGUCACAUGCGCUCCCACAGCGGCUUCAGAGCAGCGACAUGGCUGAAAAAGGGUGGGGAUUCCUCUGCACCUGCCCAGUCCUCGGGCUCCAUGGUGAUGCCAGUCUCUGUGCCUGUCCAGUCCAGAGGCACAUCUAAGGCGUGUAGAAGUGGACAGAGGACAUGCAGUCGCCUGUCUCCAGCCACCGGAGGCUCUGUGCUCUACCGCAGCCUAAUGCACCUGGAAGAAGAGGAAGCGGUCACCAGGUGUGAUGCAUCGGCUGCUGGUGGAGGCGAUGAGGACCAUGAAGCAGUUGUCAGAGGUGAUGGAGUGGUUGACAGAGGCAGAGGUCACUACACCCCUCCGCCCAUGCUAUGUCCGCUCAGGGCGGGGCCAGGGCUGUACUGCUCCCUCGCCACCAGGAGGCAGCAGAGAGUACAAACUGUACAGCUUCACAACACACAGAAUGGACUCGGUGACGUUGCCACGGAGACACUAACAACAAGACUCAAUAAGCCAAGGAUCAACGUGGGGCGGGCCUUCCAGGCUGAAAUCCCAUCCUUUUGUAACCAUAAAUACGCCCAUGCCGACUCCGAGAAGGCACUGCCGCUGUGGACGCCGUGGGCCGAGCUGGAGAAACCUGUCAGUCAACAGAGAGUCGACGCUCUGUUGACGAUGGCUCGAUCCAGUGUUGUACCAGGGGGCGGGGCCAGCCCAGAGUACGCCCUCCACGUCCUAUCAGAGUGCAGAGGAGACUUUCUGCUGACAGUGGAGAAGCUACUUUCCACUCCUGAAGCUUCCAACAACCACCACACAGGUGUGAGCUGGACUGCAGCAGAGAUGAGGCUGCUGGUUAAAUCCCUGCAGCUCCAUCAUAAAGACUUCAGCAGUGUCCAGAGAGCUGUCCAGACUAAGUCCCUCUCUCAGUGUGUGGAGUUCUAUUAUCUGUGGAAGAAGAAACUGAGUCUGAGUGCGAGGACCCCGGCUGGGCUGACCGUCACUCUGCCCAAUACAAAUGGUCAGAGGUCAUCCAGAUCUCACAAUGCAUCGUGAACUCCGGACUGGACUGGAGCUACACACUACCUGCUGGCACACACACACAAAGACAGACAGACAGACAGACACAGACACACACAGACAGACAGACACAGACAGACAGACACACACAGACAGACAGACACAG